CCUACACCUCCAGUCUGCUUCUGUUGUCUCGGCGGAUUGUUGGGCUGUGGGAGAGAAAGGAUAUCGCGAGUAUUGGAGUUUUGGUGAGAGUUUGUGGAAGAUGGCGCCUGUUGUGACAGGGAAGUUUGGGGAGCGCCCUCAGCCACAGCGCCUAACAAGAGAAGCGAUGAGGAAUUACCUGAAGGAGCGAGGUGAUCAGACUGUCAUGAUACUGCACGCAAAAGUUGCACAGAAAUCAUACGGCAAUGAGAAAAGGUUCUUCUGCCCUCCCCCCUGCGUGUACCUGAUGGGCAGUGGCUGGAAGAAAAAGAAGGAACAGAUGGAGCGAGACGGCUGCUCUGAGCAGGAGUCGCAGCCUUGUGCCUUCAUCGGCAUCGGCAACAGCGACCAAGAAAUGCAACAGCUUAACUUAGAGGGAAAGAAUUAUUGCACAGCCAAAACCUUGUACAUAUCCGACUCCGACAAGAGAAAGCACUUCAUGUUGUCUGUCAAGAUGUUCUACGGCAACAGCGCUGACAUCGGUGUCUUCCUCAGCAAGAGGAUCAAAGUCAUCUCCAAGCCCUCCAAAAAGAAGCAGUCCCUCAAAAACGCUGACUUGUGCAUUGCGUCAGGGACCAAGGUGGCCCUGUUCAACCGGCUGCGGUCCCAAACGGUCAGCACGCGCUAUCUACACGUGGAGGGCGGCAACUUUCACGCCAGCUCCCAGCAGUGGGGCGCCUUCUACAUCCACCUGUUGGAUGACGAGGAGUCAGAGGGAGAAGAGUUCACUGUGAGAGACGGUUACAUCCACUACGGCCAGACAGUCAAGCUGGUUUGCUCUGUCACCGGCAUGGCCCUUCCCAGACUGAUCAUCCGUAAGGUGGACAAGCAGACGGCGUUGCUGGAUGCAGACGACCCCGUCUCCCAGCUCCACAAGUGUGCCUUCUACCUGAAGGACACAGAACGCAUGUACCUGUGCCUUUCCCAAGAAAGGAUCAUCCAGUUUCAAGCCACUCCAUGCCCAAAGGAACCAAACAAGGAGAUGAUCAAUGACGGCGCCUCCUGGACAAUCAUCAGCACAGACAAGGCCGAAUACACUUUCUACGAGGGCAUGGGCCCUGUCCACUCGCCUGUCACCCCUGUGCCUGUGGUAGAGAGCUUACAGCUAAAUGGCGGCGGGGAUGUCGCCAUGCUGGAGCUGACAGGACAGAACUUCACUCCAAAUCUUCGGGUCUGGUUCGGCGAUGUAGAGGCUGAGACCAUGUACAGGUGUGCGGAGAGCAUGCUGUGCGUGGUGCCCGACAUCUCUGCCUUCCGCGAGGGCUGGCGCUGGGUGCGGCAGCCCGUCCAAGUGCCCGUCACGCUGGUGAGGAAUGACGGCAUCAUCUACUCCACCACACUGACCUUCACCUACACGCCAGAGCCCGGGCCGCGGCCACACUGCAGCGCCGCAGGGGCCAUCCUGCGGGCCGGAAACUCCAGCCUGCUGAGCAGCAACAGCCAGGAGGCCGGCUCCGGCGUCUACGGCCCCAACAGCACCUCCAACGCAGGAGUCACAUCCUCAUCCUCCACCGCCGCAGCUGUGGUCUCCUAACGCACACAGGGGGCCACUCAAUACAAAUUGCCUUGAGAGCAAAUAUACCGUGAGGUAUAUAAAGACUAUGGGAAAUAAUAAACAAAAACUGACUCACUCUAAAGUGCUGCGUAUUAAUUUUGGAUACAAAGAGGCUGAAAUGGAAAAAUUGGUGGGACAAAGGAGCAAACGCAGGGGAAAUCUGAAGGAGGAGUGACAUCACAACGUUGUCAGCCAACGGGAAUAAGCAAAAGUGCUCCUUGACACGCCCCCUCUCCUGUGGUUACUUUAGGGACCUGCCUAUCCAGUUCUGGUGUUUGGAAUGAGUGAAGUUCCUGCAGGCUCAGAGCACCAGCACCUUUCUACGGCUGUGAGAAUGGAAACCACAACAACAAUACAUCCACUGUGUACAAAAAAUUGUCUUGAAAGGAACGUAUAUUUUUUGCGCUGCCCUGCUCCC